AUGAGCUCACCAUCCUUUGAAGAAGAAGAAGCCACCGGUUUCACCAUUCAUUAUCAUUUGAAACAUGAAGUUCGUCCAAAGACGAAACAAUGCGAGAAAUGUGAGGCGUGGCACCGUGAAAAGUUCAAGCGAUUCGCCAUUCUUCUCAAUUGUUGGCAUCGAUUUUGUGAGGAUUGCAUCAAGGCUCAUCGCUCCGAGGAGAACCCAAAAAGAAAGCUUUGCCCUAUUUGCGGGGUUUACAGCGAGCACAUUGUGCCGGCAUUGUGGUGGCCGAGGAGUUUUACCGAGAAAAAGAGAAUGAUCUGGAAUUGGAAAAAUACUUGUGCGAGGACGCUUUGCAGGGAAUAUAAUCCGGAAACCGGUGAAUGCUCGUGGGGUGACGUGUGCUUCUUCGCGCAUCCGCUGUUGAUGAGUGGAGUGGUGGAUUUCAUGUCA